GUUAAUGUGAAAGUAAUUAACGCAUAUCACGUAUUUGAUACGAACGGGAGAGAUUUGAAUGAUGUGUAUGGUUAUAUAUUUCAUAGAAAUUAUUUAAAUCACUUUCCACGGAAAGGAAUAUAACGACGCAGUUUCAGCAUUGUUAGACGAAGAACCCAAAUAUAUAAAAUCAUUAUCAUUGUGGUUACAGAACGUCGCCAUAUCAAUCACAACCUACCACCCACGUUACACUAACACGUUUAUUUUUCUUUACAGACGCGUUUAUUCGACGAACGGUCUAUGGACGCAAAGCUAUGGUCCUUAUAAUAGCAGGACUGUGUCUUUUCACAAUGGCCUCCAAGAUACUAAUCGGGUCGUCUACUCUUGGAGCAUCACAACCUGGAGGACAGUUAGAUCCAUCUUUUCAAUACGUUUGGGUGACCCAGACAGAUGUGUUCGAUACAAAACCGACCAACGAAACCAGCAUCCAGAUAGCAGCUACUGCUGCUGUACAUACCAUUGCCUUCAGUCGGGGAUCCCGAUUGGUGUAUUUACUGGUCAGAUAUAUGCCCAAUGAUCUAUUUAUGCGAGUGGCUAACACUAUCACCGUGGGAAUAUUUAACUCUGAUGAAUUUCCUAGCGAAUUUCCGGAGUAUGCACCAACCAAUCCUGAAUGUGAAUGUAAGUUGCAAUACCUAGACGCCAGCAUAUAA